AAUCCUCUAACUCGAAGUGGCCUAAGUGACAAGUAGAGGAAAAGGAGUAGGGUGUACUUGAAAAAUGGCAACUUACCAGGAGUUCAUCCAUCAAAAUGAAGAUCGUGACGGCGUUAGGUUCAGUUGGAACGUAUGGCCAUCCAGCAGACUCGAGGCAACUCGAAUGGUUGUUCCAGUUGGCUGCUUAUAUACUCCACUAAAGGAAAGGCCUGACUUGCCUCCAAUUAUGUAUGACCCUGUCAUUUGUGCCAAAAAUACCUGUAGAGCCAUUUUGAACCCAUUGUGCCAAGUUGAUUACAGAGCAAAAGCAUGGAUAUGCAACUUUUGUUUCAGUAGAAAUGCUUUCCCACCACACUAUGCCGGAAUAAGUGAGCAGCAACAGCCAGCUGAGAUCAUCCCAAUGUUCUCAACCAUAGAGUAUACCCUCACAAGGCAGCAGACGAGUCCACUGAUCUUUCUUUUUGUCAUUGAUACUUGCCUGGAUGAUGAGGAUCUUCAAGCUUUGAAGGAAUCUUUGCAGAUGUCACUGAGCUUGUUGCCUCCAAAUGCACUGAUUGGUCUUAUCACGUUUGGAAGAAUGGUCCAUGUUCAUGAGCUUGGAUGUGAUGGAAUAUCAAAGAGCUAUGUGUUCAGAGGUAAUAAGGACAUCACUGCCAAACAAUUGCAGGAAAUGCUAGGAAUUGGUGGAGGAGGUGCUGCUCAAAAACCUGGACAGCAGCGGGGCCCAAUGCAGCCAGGCCAGCAGCAGCAACACAUGGAAAUGCAGAAUAGGUUUUUACAACCACUUCAUAAAUGUGAUAUGAAUCUAACAGACUUGCUUGGUGAAUUACAACGAGACCCUUGGCCAGUAGCUGCAGAUAAGCGUCCAUUAAGGUCAACUGGCACUGCCCUGUCUAUUGCUGUUAGCCUACUAGAGAAUAGUUUCCCAAAUACUGGAGCCCGUAUUAUGCUGUUUGUUGGUGGUCCAUGCACACAGGGGCCAGGUAUGAUAAUUGAUCAUGAGUUGAAGAAUGUGAUGCGUUCCCAUCACGACUUAGAAAAAGACAAUGCUCCAUACAUGAAGAAGGCAAUGCGGCAUUACGAGAGUCUUGCAAAUAGAGCCUCUGAUAAUGGCCAUGUAAUUGACAUAUUUGCUUGCAAUCUCGACCAAACUGGUGCUCAUGAAAUGCGACACUGUACCAAUUAUACAAGUGGCUAUAUGUUUAUGGGUGACGCAUUCGACACAGCGCUAUUCAAGCAGACAUUCCAGAGGGUUUUUUCAAAGGAUCAAAAGGGUGAAUUUAGAAUGGCAUUUGGUUCAUCUUUGGAGAUCAAGACCUCAAAAGAACUGAAGAUAUCUGGUUGCAUUGGACCAUGCGUAUCGCUGAAAAAAGGCGGGCCUAACAUUUCUGAGACUGAGAUUGGCAUUGGUGGAACAAGUUCUUGGAAAAUGAGUGGGAUCGAUUCUGGGCUGACCUUGGCUAUUUUCUUUGAAGUUGCAAAUCAGCACACAGCUCCAGUUCCCCAAGGUGGAAGAGGCUGUAUUCAGUUCAUCACCCAGUACCAGCAUUCCAGUGGUCAAAGAAGAGUACGGGUGACAACUUGUGCUCGCAACUGGGUAGAUGCUGCCAAUUUGCAUCAUAUUCCGUAUGGAUUUGAUCAGGAAGCCUCGGCUGUGCUCAUGAGCCGAGUGGCUGUUCACCGCUGCGAGGUCGACGAUAACGUGCAAGAUGUUCUUAGAUGGUUAGAUCGAAUGUUGAUUCGACUAGUGCAGAAAUUCGGUGAAUUCAACAAAGAAGAUGCAAGCUCUUUCAGACUAGCGGAGAACUUCUCUCUUUACCCUCAGUUUAUGUUUCAUCUACGAAGAUCUCAAUUCCUGCAAUAUUUCAACAACAGUCCUGACGAAACAGCAUUUUAUCGACACUGUAUGGAUCGAGAAGAUGUCACAAACUCGCUUAUCAUGAUUCAGCCAAUAUUAUACUCCUACUCGUUCCAUGGACCUCCAGAGCCAGUAUUAUUGGAUUCGAACAGUAUUAUGAGUGAUCGAAUUUUACUACUGGACACAUUCUUUUUAAUCCUUAUCUAUCAUGGAGAAACGGUUUUCCAAUGGAAAGAACAAGGAUACCACAACGAUCCAGCCCACGAGAAUUUCAGGCAGCUGUUACAAGCUCCAGUCGAUGAUGCCCAAGAAAUUCUUCAAACGAGAUUCCCCGUACCACGCUACGUCCAAACCGAACAUGGCGGCAGUCAGGCGCGUUUCCUUUUGGCGAGAGUCAACCCGAGUCAAACACACAGUAACAUGUUUUCUUGGGGUGGUGACGGAGGAUCUGCCAUUUUGACUGAUGACGUCAGUUUGCAGACCUUUAUGGAGCAUUUGAAGAAACUGGCUGUUUCCAACUCAUCUUGAUAGACCCUAAAUUUUCCCUAGUUUGUGUCGAUAUUUUUUCCAAAAUGUAAAUCUGAGAAGAAUGUAUGGGCCAAAGUUGAAAUGGUUCUUAUUUCCAUGAAAUUUUAGAGUAAGAUAUUCAAUAAUUUAGAUUCCAUGCAAGCAAAAGUUUAGCUUUAGUGAAAUGCACCUUUGUCCAACCAUCUUGGGGCACAAAGUUUACCCAGGUUGCAAUUAGCGACGUAAAUGCAGUUAUUUUAAAAUACCACAGGCAAAUUUUUACAAUACGAUUAGUUAACUGUACCCGUUUUUUAACCAAACCACCAAAAUUUUGUUUUGGACUUAUCUGUUUCUUAAACUUGUAAGUUGUAAUGGAGACUAAUCUAAUGCUGAUUUCUUAAAACAUACUUUCAAACAAUAAAUAAUUGAUUUUUGAAAACAA